AUGGAAACCGACGAAGAUAUGGUUAUUGUUAUUGUGGGAGAUGAAAAUGAAGGCGAAGCAUUUCCCGCGCCAAUUGAAAUUAAAGAGGAAAUAUUAGAUGAAGACGAAAUGAAUCAAAUUUUUGUGAAUUUACUUAAGAAAUUUGAAAGUGGUAGUGAGUUUGAUAUAUCUAUCGUAAAAGACGAGCAACUUUCAGAUGAAUAUGAUGAACAUAGGAAAGAAAACGAAUAUGAAUACUCAUUUCUUGAAGAUGCUGAAGUCAAUCCUGAUGAUCAAGAAUAUGUACCUGAAAACCUAGAGGACUCAUUAGAUGAAAUUAGCUUUAGCAGUUCAGAUGAAAGCAAAAAUAAUAAAAAAAGAAAAAAAGAAAGACAUAGAACACAAAUGCUCAAGCCAUCUGAAAGGAAAUCUUAUGUUAAAGAUUUACGAGAACAAUAUCCUGAGUUAAAUGAAGAUCAAGACUUGCUUAUAACUUGCUUAGUUGAAAUAAUGAAAGGCACUAAGGCUCCAGCUCCACCCCAAGAUUAUUUUAUCAUGAAUGGGAUUAUGUUAGAAUGUGUGUAUUGUGGUGUUCAGUCCGAGUCUAUACCUGCAGCUAGUCGUCAUUUUCAAGAAAAACAUGGGGAACGAUAUUUGUAUUGCUUUGCUUGUGGAGUAAAUUUUAGAAGUACAACAAAUUUGUACAAACAUGAAAAACGCUGUACUGCUCCAGACAUAAGAACAGUAUUGAAGGCUCGAGCAAUUUCACUUGGACGAAAGGGCCGCUCUAGACCUUUCAUUCCCAAAAUAAUCGAUCAACCGCCUCAGAGGUACUCGUGCAGCGAGUGCUCCGCGUCGUUCAGCAGCCGCUACACGCUGCGCGCGCACACGCUGCACCACCGCGGCGAGCGCCCGCACCGCUGCCGCCACUGCCCCGCCGCCUACACCUCCUACACCGCGCUCUCGCGGCACGUGAAGAAGCACGGCGACGCGCAGUUCGUGUGCGAGCACUGCCGCCGCAGCUUCAAGCUCAAGGCCGCGCUCGCCACGCACAUGGACACGCACAGGCCGAUGAAGAAAUUUGGAUGCGAGCUGUGUCCCAAACGGUACUCGCAAAAGGCGGCUUUGCUCCUACAUGUGAAUAAAGUGCAUAAAAAUUUACCACCCCCAUGUGCGUGCCAACUAUGUCCGAAAAGGUAUCCGCGGAUGUCGUUACUAAAGGAUCAUAUGAAGAAAAUUCAUGGUAUGAACAUCAUGACCCGGAAGAUGUUCUUUAAAAAACUGCCGACGAUGUCAGAGACACAAGUGCAGCAAGCUAAAGUGAUCCUUAAAAGAGAAGUGGACGACCCCAACUAUGACUUGGCAAACUUUAACGUG